CUUUUUUUCAAUUCCAACGACUUUUUUUGGUCUCCUAAUGAAAAAUUUCAAACCAAAAAAUCCAAAAAUUAAUAGGCUUUAUUUCCAUGCACUAAUGCGUUUCACUACUUAGCGUAUUUUUUAUAGUCAAUGAAAAUCCACAUGUGAAUGGUCACGCUUUGGAUAAUAUUUAGGAAAUGCUUAAACUGACUUUAUAAGCAUAAUAUAGGAUUGGAUUUACAUAUAUCCUUAAGAGUUAAUGUCAACUAAAUUUGACAUCUCUCUAACCUUCGUCCCUGUCCCUAUCCCUUCACCGCUUCCACCGUCCCCCUUCUUCCCAGCCUCUGCUUGCCGGCGACUGGCGCGGCUCGCCUGGCCGUCGCCGACAAGCUCAGUCCUCCCGUCUAUUCCCUUUAAUUUUGUUUUUUCGGGUUUGUUGGUGAAGAUUACAAGGUUCCCCUCGGUGGUGGUGGCAAUAAGAUUGGGGUUCCUUUAGUCGCCGAAAUCGCGUUUGUCUUGUAUGGUUUUAAUUUUGUGUAAUUAAAGGAAGCCUUUGUUUAGUUUUCUGCUUUCCUUUGGUUGCGAGAUUCUCGUCUGUUUAGUAUGGUUUUAGUUUUGUGUUAUUAAAGGAAGCCUAGUUAUUUAGUUUUUUUUCAAUCUUUAUGGCUAGCUUUGAGGAACUUAGGGGUAUGUUGUGUAUUUCCCAUGUUAAAGAGAAGGAUGUCUCUUCUCAUGAGUUAGAAUUUUCAGUUGGGCAGUUGGAAAAUCCUUUUGGGAUUCUCAAUUUUGUUAAGAAAUUAAAGGACGAGGGAAACAUGCUCUACAAGCAAAAUCAUAUGAGGUCUGCUAUUGCAAAAUACUCUCUUGCUCUUAAAUUAUUGUCUUUUGCUUCAGUCUGUAAUGAAGAGGAUAAAUUGAUGUUUUCUGUCACUGUUGUGUCCCUUAAUUUGAACUUGGUUGCUUGCUUCAUCAAGGUCAAAGACUAUGAUAGAGUGGGUCAAUUAUGUUCAGCGGUUUUGUGUUUUGAUACUACUAAUGUGAAAGCUUACUAUAGAAGGGCAAUUGCCGCGUUAGGGCUCAAUAAACCAACCUUAGCUUUCAUGGAACUUGCACAAGCCCUUAAAAUAGAUCCCAAAAAUAGUGAGUCACAGCAAAAAUUUAAGGAGGUGAUAUCAAUAUUGGGUUGGUCUCCGGAUUUUGUUGAUGAGGCACUAGCAGUAACAAGGAAAGAUGAGAAGUUUAGAGAUUAUGUCUGUUGUGGGAAGGAAGAUAAUAGUAGGAAGUUAGGGAAAAAAGGGAAAAGGAAGGAAGGAGAUGGUCGUGAAGAUGGUCAUGUUCGUAGGUGUUCAGGUGUGAAAGACGACACCAAAAUGGAAAAGGACGUUAGUGGCAAUUCUUUGGAUUUGGAGGAUAAAGUCAACCCUACCAACCAAGAUCUUAGGCCCAACGUUAUUGAUAACAAUUGUGUUUUGAAGGGCACUUCAAAAACAAAAAACCCAAAUCUGACAGGGUCAAGUUUUCGGUUCUCAAGCCGAAAGCGAAAUGAUUCCUAUUUGCAUCUCACUCUAACAAUUUAUGGAGUGAUUUCCAAGGGGCGAACAGUACAAUACUUUUGUUCUCGCCAAAAGAAUUUCAUUACCAUCCGAGUAGCCAAUCCUUUAAAAAGGAUGGAUAGUGGUGAAACUCAAAAUGUUUCUCCACCAAUGGAGUUUAGUCACCCCCCUGUGAAAGGGCACGAUAGGUGUGAAACAACUCCAAAUUUGAUGCAAGAAGAUCCAUCCAAAGGUAUGGCAAGUCACGAGUCAUCGUGUGAAGCUGGGUCGAUACUCCUACCAGUUUCACCUGUUUCUUCCCCUCUGCAGACUCUCGUUCACCCAAGCUCUUCCUCCUCUGAAAUAUUGUUGGGUUUUGUCUCGUCUUCCCGUCCCAGGUUAAGCGGCUCUAAACGAAUAGCAUCAUGUCCCACCGAGUAUACUUGGUUUCCUAAACGUAAGAAGUCAUUUGGUCCAACCCCCAAUGUUCUAUCGUGUAAUUCUGCUUUCUUUACUUAGUUUAGGUUGUAAUCAUGCUUUUCAUUAAUAGUACUCUUUGUCAAAAAAAAAAAAAAAAAAAAAAAAAAAAAACCUAAAUUUGACAUCGAACGUCAUUUGUUAUUAACGGGUGUAUCUAUCUCAAACCCAUAUAAUCCCAUCCACUUUUUAGAGUAAUUGUUUCUUAAAGUGUCUCAAAACUAUUAUUCCAUAUUACGAAUAGUAAGAAAACAAAGCUAUACUUGAUAAAUUUGUUUUGUUAUACUCCAAACCAAACUA